AUGCCUUACAUAGCUUUCUGCGGCGUCUGCGCCAGUCGCGCACGCCCACACUGCUACGAAGAACAUCGAACUGACAUGCAUAGCCAGUACAUCCCAGACUCAGAUGCAGACUCCAGUGUUUCAUCGCUGGCCGCAACUCCCACCGGUUCAAGAACUCCCCGUCCUGGGGUUUCGGAGGCCCUUCCGGAUGUCGAGCUCUAUAUAGCUGCUCACACUCGCUCGAGUCCUGUUGCCCAGGAUGGAUUGCCAGGCCACAGGGCAACCCCAGUACCUACUGAUGUCGAAACCGCGUCAGAUGCGGACCCGUCAGCUUCCAUAUACGUACAUGUUGAUACAGACAGAGAGGACAGAGCCCGCUGCUGGGUUAUCUUUGAACGCGCCAUGCGAUCCCUUGGGAUCCAGGAAAAGGCGCAUGACCACGAUGUCGCAAUCGAGGUUUUGCGUCGGAUUGGAGAUGUGGUUGGGGAUGAGAUUGAGACGGAGAGAAGGGUGGUUGAAGAUGUCCUAAAUGACAGAAAGGAGUCACUGGCGAAGGCAAAAGCAGCGGAGACAGAACUCCACUUGGCGAUGGAGAUGAUUGACGAGAUUCCGAGGGGUGAAGUUGCGGCUUCCGGCCGUUUGGAGUUUGAAAAUACAGUAUUGCGGUUGAGGACAGAGCUUGAUGAUUUGACCCGCAAGUACGAAGAGUUUGAGAAGUUGUAUAGAGACAGGAAGAAGGAGCUGCGGAUGAUGAUCUUGCUUCAUGAGUACCUCACGGACAGAUAUCCCAAUCCAUCACCAACCACAGCCUUAGUCUAG